GAAAAUCCAAUAAUGUAACUUAUUGUGAAAUUAAGAUUAGACAAUGUCGGACUUGGAACAGACACAAGCAAUUUAUUUAGAGGAUUAUGAUGAAGAGACAGAUGAAGAAAAUACAGAUGGAGAGAAGAAAAUAGUCUCCUUUUUAAAAGUUUUAAAGCAAGAGGGGUUUCCAGAAAAGCUUUUCCCUUUGUAUGAGGGUGAUAAUGUCAUUGGGCGUCAAGAAGAUGUAUGUAACAUUGCAAUUCCCUUAAAGGCCUUGUCUAGACAGCAUGCAUGCAUUGAAAUACGAGGAGAAAACCAUCUAAUUUAUGAUAAGGGAAGCAGGAAUAAAACCAGAAAGGGCAAGUUAUUUUUGACUCCACAAGUUCGCUAUGAGUUGAAAGAUAAGGAUAAUUUACUCUUUGGGGAUGUGAAGUGUGUUUACAUCAUUGGUGAACAUGACAAUCCAGAGGACUCUGAGACAGGAUCUGAAUCCGGAUUCCAGACAGCUCCUACUGAUUUGUUGGAUAAUAAAAUAAAAACCUCCCGUGUAACCACUCUUGUGUACGAGUCAGAGGAAGAGGAGUAUGAGAGUGAUGGCAGUGUGGAUCUCCUACAACCUACACAGGCUUUUAUACAGAAACAAGAUGGAAACAAGAAAAGCCGAAUUAAUUUUGACUUGGACACAGAUGAAGAAAGUGACAGGAAAAGCCCAGACAUAACUGUGAAAGAAACUCCAGCCCCUAGUAGGACCAAAGGUAUAUUGAGCACUUCAGUUGUGUUACCAGAAUCUGGGUCAGAAACGGAGGAAGAAGAAAGUCCUCACUCAGGGAAAGGUGUACAGAAGAGGAUUGCCAGUGAUCUGAGUUUACUACAGGCUCCUACUCAGCGCUUCUUAGCAGAGAGUGAUGCAGAAACCACUGAAGAGGAUUCGCCUAAAAAGAGUAUCCUUUGUGCUGAAACCCAAUCAUUCCUUGAAGACAAAAGAGGAAAGAGUGGUGUCCCACAGGGAAUAGUACUUGACAGUGAUCACGAAGAAAAGGAUGAGGACAUCCCUGUGGUUGAGGUGGAGGAGGAGGAGAAUGAGGAAGAAGAGGCAGACAUGAGUCACUUGUUUGCUAAUCCGACCCUGGCCAGCGAUCUUCCAGAGGAUGUCAAGGACACUGAAGAGGAAGAGGAUACUGUGACAGAUGAGGGGGAUCAAGAGGCUGAGACUCAGGUUUUCACUGACCAGACAGUGGCUGUCAGCGAUGAAACGGUGGCUGUCAGUGACGCGACAGUGGCUAUCAGUGAAGAUACAUUGGUUAAGAAUAAAAGCAGGGGAAAAGGAGGGAAGAAGUAUGGAAGAACCUCCAAAAGUACUCCAAUUGUGGAGGUAGAAUUAAAUGAGGAUGAAGAUGAGGCCACACAGAAGAUUUCUGACAUAACUGAUGGUGCAACACUUGCUGUUUGUAAUCAGGCUGAGAAUGAAGCCACUCAGGUUUUUGACAAUAAAAUGAAGGAGGCAGAGACUGUAGCCAUUGAAUGUGAGGCCACACAGGUCUUCAAUGAUAAAUCAGCUGACGCUGAGACUGUAGCCAUAGAAUGUGAGGCCACACAAGUAUUUAACUAUAAAUCAGCUGAGACUAUGGCCAUAGAAUGUGAGGCCACGCAGGUCUUUGAUGAAAAGACUUCAGAAGCAGAAACUGUUGUGUUUGAAUGUGAGCAAGGUGAUGAGAAAAUGGCGGAAGCAGAGACAGUAGCUGUUGAAUGUGAAGCAACUCAAGUUUUUGAUGAUAACAAGGCAGCAGAGGCAGAAACUUUGGCCAUGGAUGGAGCCACCCAAGUGUUUGAUGACAAGCCAAGUGGGGAUGAAAUGGGAGACAGUGAUUCAACUCAAGUGUUGGGUGAAAAAAAUUUGGACGCUGAUGUCAUACCAGCAGAAUGUGAAGCAACACAAGUAUUUGACUAUGAUGAAUUGAAUAUUGUAAAGAGAAAAAGUGAUUCUACAGCAGAAACUGUUGCUCUAGAAUGUGAGCCUACGCAGGUAUUUGAUGAAGGAACAGACAGUGGACCUAGGACAGCUAGGUCAGACAGAAACACCGAAGCGGAGACUGAAGACCAUUCGGAGCCUAAACAGUCUACUGAGGAGGAUCAAACUGUUAAAAAGAAAGGCAGGGGCAGGGGCAAAAAAUCUACAGCAGAAUCCAAACCAAAAUCUGAAGUCACUGUGGAUUCAGAGGAAAUUCAACCAAAGAGAAGUGGCCGCAUAUCCAAAAGAAAGUCAUUAGCUGUGGAAGAAAAACCUGUGGAAAAAGCUCAGGAUACCACAACCAAGAAAGGAAGGGGCAGAAGGGGAAAGGGUGGCAAGAAUACGGCUGAUGUCACAGAGGAGUCGGGAGGGAGGGGUGAAGAGGUCACAAAGGAGGAGACUGAGUCUGACUUUACCACAGAGAAAACGACAGCAGAGGAGGGGGAAGUGGACGGCAGGGUGAAUGACACAAACUCAGACACAGGUGUAGAGGAGAUAGCCCAGACUGUACCGUAUACAAUGGUGUGUGAUGAUGAAGACUUACAACCCACACAGGCCUAUUGUAUGGAGGAAGAUGAUGAAAGUACUACACCGCCAAUCUCAGAAGUACUGGGAGUAGAGGUCAAGGAUGGAACGCCAGUUGAACCAGUUAAAAUGGUACAAGAAAUACCAGACGUUUUG